AUGCGCACCCCCGAGGAGGUGCGGUGGGUUCUGAGUGAGGAGGCGACAGCCCAGCGCACCGGGGCCGUCACGGGCCUCAACUACAAGGAGCCCCGCACCCCGGUGCAGCUGGCCAUGGAGGAGGCCGCCGCGGUGCAGGACAUGGUGGCCGCGGGGGCAGGGGCCGGGGCCGGCGGCUUUGACGGCGCGCGGGAGGCGCUGGCGGCGGCGUACGACAAGGCCGGGCUCGUGGACGCCGCCAACUUUAUCCGCGCGGCGUGA